AUGGAUGAGGACGAAGAAUGCUUUGUCUUUCCUGCUAUCACGAAGCCCUAUUCGCAAGUGGUACCCUCAUCGUCACCACAAAAGGAUCGUGCGGACUCGAUUACACCUCAACGGAGAACUAGCAAUCCCUCCGCAAAUACAUUUUGUCGUCAAAAUAAUCGGCAAAGAGAUUCUAGUACUCAGUCACCCAUAUCAAAGAAACAUUUAUCACAGCACGGUGGACAAACUAGUAGCAGUGAUCAAAGCAGAAGAUUUUUGCGAGUCCCACCCCCAGAGGCCGAGGAGAGCAUUCCGAAGAGAGGUUUACUAAAAAAGUCCAGUCUUCGGACUAAAACUGACAAUAAUUGUGAAGUUCGGCGAAGCCUCAUUUCGAUACAGGAUGUCAGAAAAUACUCCGUGGUUGAUCCGUCCACUUUAAAGUUUGUUCAAGGAGGUUUCUUUACAUUCUUUUCAGAACUGCCCUUAUUUGAGAUAGCAGUGAUUUCUGAAGAAAUUACAUUAGGAGUAAAAAGUUUUGAUUUUGACAGUUUUGACAAAUUGUUGACACCACUUUGCUUUUAUUCAAAGCAAUUUUUGAAAUCAGGCGGAAAAGAUAAUAAAAGAACCUGUUUAAGUGAGAAAUACUCUGGAGUAGUUGACCUUUCUGACCAAAUAACACAGACACUACUGACCCUCGUCAUCCAGUCUGUGCUCCACCUAUUAAAUACCCCACAAAUUUAUACACCUAGAAAUGAAUUCCUGACAAGUGCCAAACUCAACUAA